AUGUAAAAUGGUUGAAAUGUGCAGUCACAACUAGAUUACAAAACAAACACACACAGAAAACAUAAGUAAACUCAAGUAAACUACUUGUAUAGCAGAAAGAUUAAUGGCAAUAAAUCCCUGGUCAUAGUACAGUCAAUGUGUUCUUCAAGGAUAUUUCACAAACAAGUUGCAAUGUAAAUAGUGGUGCCAGAAUUAAAUAAUCAGACGAGGUUUUGUAUAUGACCGUAAUGUGUCAGCUGUUUCAGAAAGAUGUUUGAACACAGAGAUGAUGAGAUACUAUACAUAAAGUAUAUAUGUUUACAAUCAGGAAGCAUCACAGAAUUCUAUUAAAUAAAAAAUAAAAAUAAAAAAAAAAUUUUGCGCCCUCAUGACAUCCAGGUUCCCUUGAAGCAAGUUACCAAUCAGUCUACCACAUGGAAAUAUUAGCAAUAACUGAAUUAAUAUUUGUGUGACUUUUUUUCAGGCAGUUCUUCUCUACAGAUAAUUUCACAUCAGCAAAAAUCUGAGGUUACUAUUAUUGUCCACAAGGUCUUAAAUACGCAACGUGAACAACGUCUCACCAGACUUCCCUGGGUUUGCCCAAAGUUAUGCCUCUACAUCUGUCUAUGACUCUCCAUCCAAGAUGCUGAAAUUCCUCGACCAGUCUACUGAGGCCGACGAGAGUGUGUGCAAUUUGGAGAGCACGGAAAGUGAAACUGGAAGUGAACGUGCCACACCGACGUAUGAGGAAAUGAUUGCGCAUGAGAUGCAAGAGCCUGUCACAUGUAGCGAGGCUCAGCCACAGCCCCUGCGUCAAGAGCGGCCUCCCACUAAAAGGAGGAGAGUCACGCCAGACGUGGCAACAAACGUUAUGGUGGAGGCCAGCAGGACACUUCAGGCUAUGGCUGAUGCUGCCAGAUCCAUGCCUGUCCAUGAAGACCGUUACAGCACCCUUGGCGUCCACAUCGCAGCAGAACUGUGUGAAAUGGAAAAGGUGGGCAGCAGGGAAUACACCACUGUCACUGUGCACAGUCUGCAGCGGACAUUAAUGGACAGGUGGGAUUUGCUGCAUGCGACAGCCCGUGCACAACCGUCCACCUCUGGAUAUAUCCAGGCUGCCUUGCAGCAGGCUGGAAUAGAGGAUGAGGAUUCCAUUUUAUAAAUAUACAUGUGUGUAUAAUUUUUGUAUCUCUCCAAUCUUCUUAAUGUAUUUUUAUAAUCAGGGUGCCUCACAUU